CAAAAAGAACAUCAACAUAACAUUGAAGUUGAACAGAACGCAGGUACUCAACAAGUUGAUCGCCGAGAAUCGCUGGUGUGGAUCACGGUCGGGGUAGGAACGCCGAACGCGCCGUUUUGGUAUGAGGCCCAAGACCAUAGGCCGGGUCAUGAAAAACCCAUGUUUUAAAGGGGAGCUUUUGUAGGCCAGGGCCAUCUUCCUAGCCCGCCCGUCAUGAACAAGUAAUGCCCAAAUGGUUUGGCCCAUUUACUUAGCCCACCUGAAAACUGGUUUGGCAUCUGCUGAGAAAAGUCGGCCCUUCACCGGUUGAAUCUCUUCAGUCUUAUCAACUCGAUCCUCGGACUUGCUGGAAGCCCCGUUAAUCUUCCUUUAUCAGAUUUGGAGACGGGGCGUAUGAAGGUCGGAUAUGUGACUUUCUUUGGCAGGAGUUGAAGAUGGUGGCUGCAAGGUUCUUCAAUUCACACCUGCUUCAUCGGCAUGGCCAUGUCCCAGAACAACAAGACAAGCUGACACUAUUUUCUCAGGUGUCUCUCAACUGCAGGCCUAUUAGUAUUUCCAGAACAUCUUCAAUAUCAUUCAGCGCUAAAAAUUGCUUUUCUUCUUUACAAUUACCUGAAAACCCAUUUCAAAAGCCAGUUCCUGGACGGGAUUCUUCGUGCGAGGACUCUGUGAUCAAUUUAUCUUUCGCUUGUAGUAAGAUUAGAGGGUAUGUAGAUGAUGCAUCCUUUGAAGAUGCGAUAAGGGUUUAUCUUUAUAUGCUUAAUCAUGGUUUUCCGCCUAUUGAAUUUCAAUACUUCCCCUGUUUGAUCAAGGCGUUUGGAGGGUUUAAUGAUGUAGGAAAAUGCAGGCAGAUUCAUGGGCAUCUGUUGAAAUUAGGAUUUUUGGCAGAUGUAUAUGUUGUAAAUUCUCUUUUGGGUGUUUACUGGAAAUGCUGGGCAACUGAAGAUGCAACUAAAAUGUUUGAGAAUAUGCAUGAGAGGGAUUUAGUUUCGUGGAAUACUGCCAUCUCUGGGUUUUGUCAAUCAGGAGAUCAUGUGACCUCAUUGAUGAUCUUCAGAAGAAUGAUCCAGGAAUUUACAAUGAAUCCUAGUCGAGUAGCUUGCCUUUCAGGCCUUUCCUCAUGUGCUUCAGUUAAUUCCUUGAUCCUUGGGCGUGAGAUUCAUGGGUUUCUUGUCAAAACUGGAUUGUAUGUUGAUGAGUUUUUGAUUUGUGGAUUAAUUGAAAUGUACAUGAAAUGCGGGGUUAUAAAAAAUGCCGAAAAUAUUUUUCAGGGCUUUCUUAAUGAAACAUCAAAGAGAGGAAAUACGGUGAUUUGGAAUGUAAUGAUAUGGGGCUAUGUCUCCAAUGGUCAUUUGUCAAUGGCAAUGGAACUAUUUAUUGAGAUGUUGGAAUUAGGAAUUAAUUUGGACUCUUCAACAGUGGUGGCUCUUUUGGUUUUGUGCUCACAGUUUUCAGAUUUGAACUUUGGAAAGCAAAUUCAUGGAUUGAUUUUCAGCCAUGGAGUAAUGAAUGAUGCAAGAGUUGAAACAGCUCUUGUGGAGAUGUACUUUAAUUGCGGUGCUCCUGAGAUUGCUUUGAAAAUAUUCAGCAAGUCUCAAAAUCACAAUGCGAUAAUGUGGGGCACAAUGAUCUCAAAUUGUGCUCAAAAUGGUGAUCCCAAUAAGGCACUGGAAUGGUUUCGUAAUUUUAUGUUAGAGUGUGGCUUCCCGGAUUCUAUCAUACUUUUGGCUGCAUUGAGGGCUUGUUCCUUGUUGACUCUUAAGCCUCAAGGCAUGGCAGUACAUGCCUUGGUUGUGAAAACUGGGUUUGAUUCUGAUGUUUUUGUUGGUGGUGCUCUAGUUGAUAUGUACGGGAAAUGCGGAGACAUGGAAUCUGCUCAAGACGUUUUCCAAGAAUUAUCAGCCAGAGAUUUGGUCUCUUGGAAUGCCCUAAUAUCGGGGUUUUGUCAGAAGGACUAUGCCGACAAAGCUUUGAAGGCACUUCAUGAUAUGCAGUCUGAAAAUAUUAAACCCAACUCCGUAACUGCUGCAUGUCUUCUCUCUGUUUGUGCUCAGUUGUCAUUGCUGUACCUGUGCAAGGAGGUUCAUUGCUUUUUACUACGGCAAGGGUUGGGAUCCAAUAUUCUUGGUUGCAAUUCUCUAAUAACAGCUUAUGCCAAAUGUGGGGAUAUAAAUAGCUCACAGAAAAUAUUUUAUAGAAUGCCCACAAGGGAUAAGAUAUCAUGGAAUUCAGUUUUAUUGGCAUGUGGCAUGCAUGGCUGCACUGAUGAAAUGUUUUCUUUAUUUGAAAUGAUGAAGAAAACAGGUGUGACGCCUGACCAUGCAGCUUUUACAGCAGUGCUUUCUACUUGCAGCCAUACAGGGGAGGUUGAUAAGGGAUGGAAAUAUUUCAAUAGUAUGGUGACAGAAUAUAAACUUGAGCCUGCCGUUGAACAUUAUACUUGCAUGGCUGAUCUUUUAGGUCGAGCUGGUUAUCUAAGUCUAGCAUAUGAUGUGAUCAAGACCAUGCCUUGUGUGCCUGAUGAUCGCAUAUGGGGUUCACUUCUUGGAUCUUGCAGAAGUCAUGGUGACACAAGGUUAGCAGAAGCUGUGGCAAAUCACAUCUUCAAACUUGAUCCGACAAGUGUUGGCUAUCGGGUAGUCCUUGCAAAUUUAUUUGAAGAUGCUGGAAAAUGGAGUGAAGUUAGUAAGGUUAGAUCUGAAAUUAAAAAAAUGGGACUUAAAAAGCAGCCUGGAUGCAGUUGGAUUGAAAUUGAUAACAAAAUUCAUGUAUUUGUUGCUGGUGAUUCUUCACACCAUCAGUCUGAGGAAAUAUAUGCUACAAUAGAGAGUUUAACGCUAGAGAUGGGAAAGACAGGAUAUAUCCCGUUUCUGCAAUCAACUAACAUUGUAUCUUAGGGGGCUUAAGAUGAAGAAAUACAAGUCAAUUGCAAUGAAUUGACACUCAAUCUAUGGAAAGACUGGAUUACUUUUAUUAGGAUAUGCGAAUUGCUAAAGUGAUCAAGAACCGAGAUAUGCAGGUCCAACAGCAUGAAUGCCAUCCGAGAGUUCUUCUAUGAUGCUUCCCCAUUAUGACCAUCCCUUUCAAGCCGAUUUGCUUAUCUUCUAUAAUGAGGUAAAUUUGACAUCAGUCGCUAGCCACAGCUUGAAACUACUGAACAUCACUCAUCAUUAGCCACAGCUCGUGAGAGCAGAAAGCCAGCCCGGCCGCUGGUAAUGAAAAAAAUCAUCUGAAGACACGGCAGAACAUAAAGGCUGUAUAGCAGGCAUUGAAAUGGUGCUUUGCUGCUGAAGCAGAAGAGUACAAGAGCCAUCAGCAUAUAUAUGAAGACAUCAUUUUUCUUCCCAUUCUCUUCUCCCCUUGAGGUAGCAACUGUAUGGUCUUGACCUGAUUGUUUGUGGGACAAUUUGGUUCCUCUUUUGUAUGCCAGUAAUUGUAAUCAUAUGCUUGGUAGACUAAUGUUGUCAUUCUUACUGAACUACUUGACAUUUCAUUUGACUACAGAGCAUAAUUUUGGAAAUUUUAGAAGUUUGGUUUGUGAUGAGGCUUUA